AUGACUUCGAGUCCGAGGUGGACGAGGGAUGAGGACAAGCGUUUUGAGAAAGCUCUGAACGAAUACCGGGGCGUAGCUGUCUCGCCGUAUUUUUUUGGGAAAAUCGCCCAUUCUGUGAACAAACCGGUCAAUGAGGUGUAUUACUACUACCAGGCGUUGGUCGACGAUGUUGAGCUCAUCCAAUCGGAUAACUUUGACUUGCCUAGGUACCGAGAGGACGAUUACAAGUCACUGAAGGAGGCGACUCAGUCCAAAAACAAGGUCAAGGAGAAAGCGAAGGGGAAUCCUUGGACAGAAGAGGAACACAGGUCUUUUCUAGAAGGACUAGAGAAGUACGGGAAAGGAGAUUGGAAGAACAUAUCGAGGGAAUGUGUGAAGACAAGGAAUCCGAUGCAAGUGGCAAGCCAUGCUCAGAAGUAUUACUUAAGGCAAAGUUCUGACGGUAAGAAGGGGAAACGCUCGAGUAUCCAUGACAUUACUCUGGGAGAUAUCCCUGGACCCAACUUGAAGCCUAUGGGCGGGCAGCCAGAAUUUGGUGGCCAAAUUCCUCCGUAUCAAAACUAUUAUUCCCAAAACAACGUCGGGCCUUUGUGA